GACAAGUUGCAAUGGUCGUUCUAAGUUGUUUUAUUUGGCUUGCCCUUUAUCACUCUGCAAAUGCAGCGCUGGAGGGCAGUGAAAUUAAGUUUGGGGACGAAUCAACUACAGAAUCGGCUGAAAAAUAUCCUGAUUACUGCUGGAUAAAUCCUUUUCUCCCGGGCUGUCCAUUUGGUCCGGGUGAUGGCAAUAAUUCGACCACAAAGAUUUCAACACUGGCAACAACAAAGUCAACAGUGACAACCAGUGAGGAAACAACAACUCUAAAAAUAACCACCAUUAAAUCGACGGCCAAGCCAACAACCCAAAAGACAACUAACGAGCCAACCACUGAGAAAAUAACAACUCCAAAGGCAACCACUAUUAAAUCUACUGCAACUACUGCAAGGGCAACGGAAGCACCAAAAACUGAGCAAACAACUUUGAGGACCACCACGAUUAAAUCCACAUCUGAGCUAAUAACAACCCUGAAGACAACGACCAUUAAAUCGACUGCAGAGACAAAAAAGUCGACGCAUAACCCUACAACUAAGAAAUCAACUACUUUAAGGACCACCGAAGAACCAACUACUCGGAAAUCAUCAACCGCAAAGACUACUAGAGAGCCAACUACAAAGAGGGAAACAACAGAAAGAACAACUCAGGAGCCAAGCACCAGUAAGACAACAACCCAUGAGACAACAGCAGAACCAGCAACCAAGAAGACAACGCAUGAACCCACAACUCAGAAAUCAACAACUUUAAGGAUUACUGAAGAACCAACUACUCGGAAAUCAUCAACCGCAAAGACUACUAGAGAGCCAACUACAAAGAGGGAAACAACAGAAAGAACAACAAAGGAGCCAAGCACCAGUAAGACAACAACCCAUGAGACAACAGCAGAACCAGCAACCAAAAAGACAACGCAUGAACCCACAACUCAGAAAUCAACAACUUUAAGGAUUACUGAAGAACCAACUACUCGGAAAUCAUCAACCGCAAGGACUACUAGAGAGCCAACUACAAAGAGGGAAACAACUGAAAGGACAACUCAGGAGCCAAGCACCAGUAAGACAAAAACCCAUGAGACAACAGCAGAACCAGCAACCAAAAAGACAACGCAUGAACCCACAACUCAGAAAUCAACAACUUUAAGGAUUACUGAAGAACCAACUACUCGGAAAUCAUCAACCGCAAAGACUACUAGAGAGCCAACUACAAAGAGGGAAACAACAGAAAGAACAACAAAGGAGCCAAGCACCAGUAAGACAACAACCCAUGAGACAACAGCAGAACCAGCAACCAAAAAGACAACGCAUGAACCCACAACUCAGAAAUCAACAACUUUAAGGAUUACUGAAGAACCAACUACUCGGAAAUCAUCAACCGCAAGGACUACUAGAGAGCCAACUACAAAGAGGGAAACAACUGAAAGGACAACUCAGGAGCCAAGCACCAGUAAGACAAAAACCCAUGAGACAACAGCAGAACCAGCAACCAAAAAGACAACGCAUGAACCCACAACUCAGAAAUCAACAACUUUAAGGAUAACUGAAGAACCAACUACUCGGAAAUCAUCAACCGCAAAGACUACUAGAGAGCCAACUACAAAGAGGGAAACAACAGAAAGAACGACUCAGGAGCCAAGCACCAGUAAGACAACAACCCAUGAGACAACAGCAGAAACAGCAACCAAAAAGACAACGCAUGAACCCACAACUCAGAAAUCAACAACUUUAAGGAUAACUGAAGAACCAACUACUCGGAAAUCAUCAACCGCAAGGACUACUAGAGAGCCAACUACAAAGAGGGAAACAACUGAAAGGACAACUCAGGAGCCAAGCACCAGUAAGACAACAACCCAUGAGACAACAGCAGAACCAGCAACCAAAAAGACAACGCAUGAACCCACAACUCAGAAAUCAACAACUUUAAGGAUAACUGAAGAACCAACUACUCGGAAAUCAUCAACCGCAAGGACUACUAGAGAGCCAACUACAAAGAGGGAAACAACUGAAAGGACAACUCAGGAGCCAAGCACCAGUAAGACAACAACCCAUGAGACAACAGCAGAACCAGCAACCAAAAAGACAACGCAUGAACCCACAACUCAGAAAUCAACAACUUUAAGGAUUACUGAAGAACCAACUACUCGGAAAUCAUCAACCGCAAAGACUACUAGAGAGCCAACUACAAAGAGGGAAACAACAGAAAGAACAACAAAGGAGCCAACCACUCGUAAGACAACAACCCAUAAGACAACAGAAGAACCAACCACCAAAAAGACAACGCAUGAACCCACAACUAAAAAAUCAACUACUUUAAAGCCUACCGAAGAACCAACUACUCGCAAAACGUCAACCACAAAGACUACUAGAGAGCCAACUACAAAGAGGAAAACAACAGAAAGAACAACAAAGGAGCCAACCACUCGUAAGACAACAACCCAUAAGACAACAGAAGAACCAACCACCAAUAAGACAACAACUAAGAAGACGACUCAUGAACCCACAACUAAGAAAUCAACUACUUUAAAGCCUACCGAAGAACCAACUACUCGCAAAACGUCAACCACAAAGACUACUAGAGAGCCAACUACAAAGAGGGAAACAACUGAAAGGACAACUCAGGAGCCAAGCACCAGUAAGACAACAACCCAUGAGACAACAGCAGAACCAGCAACCAAAAAGACAACGCAUGAACCCACAACUCAGAAAUCAACAACUUUAAGGAUUACUGAAGAACCAACUACUCGGAAAUCAUCAACCGCAAAGACUACUAGAGAGCCAACUACAAAGAGGGAAACAACAGAAAGAACAACAAAGGAGCCAACCACUCGUAAGACAACAACCCAUAAGACAACAGAAGAACCAACCACCAAAAAGACAACGCAUGAACCCACAACUAAAAAAUCAACUACUUUAAAGCCUACCGAAGAACCAACUACUCGCAAAACGUCAACCACAAAGACUACUAGAGAGCCAACUACAAAGAGGAAAACAACAGAAAGAACAACAAAGGAGCCAACCACUCGUAAGACAACAACCCAUAAGACAACAGAAGAACCAACCACCAAUAAGACAACAACUAAGAAGACGACUCAUGAACCCACAACUAAGAAAUCAACUACUUUAAAGCCUACCGAAGAACCAACUACUCGCAAAACGUCAACCACAAAGACUACUAGAGAGCCAACAACCAAGAGGGUAACAACUGAAAGGACAACUCGGGAGCCAACCACUCGUAAGACAACAACCCAUAAGACAACAGAAGAACCAACCACCAAGAAGACAACAACUAAGAAGACGACUCAUGAACCCACAACUAAGAAAUCAACUACUUUAAAGCCUACCGAAGAACCAACUACUCGCAAAACGUCAACCACAAAGACUACUAGAGAGCCAACUACAAAGAGGGUAACAACUGAAAGGACAACUCGGGAGCCAACCACUCGUAAGACAACAACCCAUAAGACAACAGAAGAACCAACCACCAAGAAGACAACAACUAAGAAGACGACUCAUGAACCCACAACUAAGAAAUCAACUACUUUAAAGCCUACCGAAGAACCAACUACUCGCAAAACGUCAACCACAAAGACUACUAGAGAGCCAACUACAAAGAGGGUAACAACUGAAAGGACAACUCGGGAGCCAACCACUCGUAAGACAACAACCCAUAAGACAACAGAAGAACCAACCACCAAGAAGACAACAACUAAGAAGACGACUCAUGAACCCACAACUAAGAAAUCAACUACUUUAAAGCCUACCGAAGAACCAACUACUCGCAAAACGUUAACCACAAAGACUACUAGAGAGCCAACAACCAAGAGGGUAACAACUGAAAGGACAACUCGGGAGCCAACCACUCGUAAGACAACAACCCAUAAGACAACAGAAGAACCAACCACCAAGAAGACAACAACUAAGAAGACGACUCAUGAACCCACAACUAAGAAAUCAACUACUUUAAAGCCUACCGAAGAACCAACUACUCGCAAAACGUCAACCACAAAGACUACUAGAGAGCCAACUACAAAGAGGGUAACAACUGAAAGGACAACUCGGGAGCCAACCACUCGCAAGACAACAACCCAUAAGACAACAGAAGAACCAACCACCAAGAAGACAACAACUAAGAAGACGACUCAUGAACCCACAACUAAGAAAUCAACUACUUUAAAGCCUACCGAAGAACCAACUACUCGCAAAACGUCAACCACAAAGACUACUAGAGAGCCAACUACCAAGAGGGUAACAACUGAAAGGACAACUCGGGAGCCAACCACUCGUAAGACAACAACCCAUAAGACAACAGAAGAACCAACCACCAAGAAGACAACAACUAAGAAGACGACUCAUGAACCCACAACUAAGAAAUCAACUACUUUAAAGCCUACCGAAGAACCAACUACUCGCAAAACGUCAACCACAAAGGCUACUAGAGAGCCAACUACAAAGAGGGUAACAACUGAAAGGACAACUCGGGAGCCAACCACUCGUAAGACAACAGCCCAUAAGACAACAGAAGAACCAACCACCAAGAAGACAACAACUAAGAAGACGACUCAUGAACCCACAACUAAGAAAUCAACUACUUUAAAGCCUACCGAAGAACCAACUACUCGCAAGACAUCUACCACAAAGACAACCAGAGAGCCAACCACUCGGGAGACAAGCACAUCGGUUAAGACAACAGCAGAUCAAACAACAAAAAGGACGACAGCUGAAAUGAGUACAACAAAUCAGGAACCAACAUCCGUAGAAACUACUACCAAUUCAUCGAAUCAGAGCAAUACGACCACGGAAUCAACCACCACCGAAGAGCAACAUGUUCACCACCAUCAUCACCAUAUUCAUUAUCACAAACCCGCUGAUCUCGGUCCAUCAAUUCUUCCACUUCCUGAUCUUCCUCCUCUCCCGUUGCCCCUGCCCUGGCCCCCACUGCCACUUCCUGAAAUCCCUCUACCUUUGCCUCCUUUACCAACAGCGUUGCCUCCGCUGCCCCCCCUACCACCUUUGCCACCUUUGCCGGAAGUAAAUUUAACAGCAAUAUCCUUACCAGAAAUUUCCCUUCCAAAUUUGCCACCACUACCACAAUUGCCGAAUCCUUUCCCAAACUUCUUUUGGGGUCGUUAAACACUAAAACCAUUAAAAUUGUAUGAACUUACAUAUUAUAAAUGUGCCAUUAAAUAUAUAUUUAUAUAAUAUACAAUUAUAAAUAAUUUAUAAAUUUAAUUAUUAUAUUUUUCAACUUAUCUUUAAGAAGAGC